AUGGAUUUUCGUCUUAUCCGAUGCACCAUUCUACUCCAACACUGCAGCUUUUCAAUCUCAACCGGAGACCUCGAAAUCAUCGUGAACUGUGCCUUUAACGUGAUGCUGCCGUCUCUAUUUCGCGCCAGGCAACAUAGAAAAACUUACAUUUUGCAAGUCAGAUUUCUUCUGCAGAGAUCGAAGUCCAGGCGUGUUCGGUGAGGAGACGUUAACGACAAGAUAAUCGGAUAUAGGGGCAAAGUGACUAACACCAACCUCGUAAUCGACCUUCGGAUCUUCGGUGAACUUGUUCUUUCCAAGAUUCACUCCUAUCACAGCUGA